CCCAGGCACACUGAAUUAAUUUGGCAUGUCAUGCCUCUCUAUAAUCGAUUCUUCCUCCCUUUGAACCCUAGAAAUUCCACAUUGUUUCGCACGCUCCGCACAAGAAAUAGCAAAUGUCGCGCUCGGUCGACUCUGUUAGAAGAAGCCCAGAAGUGGCCUGGAAUUUCCUCAAAUCGAUCUUCACGUACUCUACAUCCGAUCCCAUCACUGCCCUCCUAGGCGGCUCCCACGAUGGCGGAGGGUCAGACCUCGAUAUAAGAACUAGAGCAUGGCGAGAUGCCAAAGUCCAAGAGCUUGGAUAUGUCGGAAUAACGGCAGCCAUCCUAGCUAGUCUAUUCGCAAGCGCCAUCGCCUGGCCACACGUCCCUGAGGAUGCAUACGAUACAAAAGGGUGUUGGUAUGUAGGGUUGAUCCUCAUUGUCAGCAGCAUUGCUAGCGCAACGCAGCAAGCAAUAACACUGCAUCGAUUCAAUACUCUGCCAAAUAGCCUCAGUGUAUUGAGGAAACUCCUCAGAUCACCGAAUGAUGAGAAAAGAGCCUCGAUAUUAGCCGUCUAUGUUUGGCAGCUGCCCGUUAUGUUUCUCCGGCUCGGGAUUUUUCUUUUUAUCAUCGGGAUGUUCUUUCUCCUCUGGAACGCUGCUCGGGUAGGCCAGGAUCUAAGCCUACCGAACCUCCAGAUUGCGGUAUCCUUCACGGUUAUCUUCGCGUUCGCGGCACUGAAUCAUUCUUUAUCUGUUCUUCAUUGCUAUAUGCUUUGGCGACUACAAGAGAGAUCCGAUUCAUGAAGCGCUGGCGAAGAAAACAACCUUUACAGCCAAUUCGAAGAUGAUGAUAAUAUGAAAGGGGGGAUAUUAUGAACUUUGGUCAGUACUAUGAAUCGAGAUUUUGUUCGCCUGCAUAUUUUGGUGCUGCGUGGAAAAAAUGAUGUAGAUAGCUCCCCGUAAAAUACUUAUCGAGUGAUCCGAAAAAACUGUCACCUUCACUGUAGGUUAUCAAGCUAAGACUGCCAAUAAGAUAAGACCUAUAUAAACUACUUCACCG